GGCGGUAAGAAGGUCAGAAACGACUACUUCCGGUUUACGGUAUACAAUCGUACAAGCAAACUAUACGCUCUCUAAGCGUCUAUAUAUUCACCAGACUUUAAAAAUCGAUGUCAGCCGAAUGUUAAAAUACUGCGGAAUAUAGUUACGAGUUCAUAUGAGAUUUAAUAGUUAAGUUUAACUAUUUUAUUUGGCGGUAGUCGUUUGAUGUUGUUGCUAUGGUGAUGGGACUUAACAGCGAGGCUAAAUGAAGACAAUCAACCGUCCGUUAAACAACAAUCAACAAAAAUCUUUCCUUUAAUAAAUUAAUUUAGACAUGGAGGAACGCUUUGCCUUUCUGGCUGAGUGGUACGACCCCAGCGCUGCUCUGCUGCGAAGAUACCAGCUGCUCUACUACCCUAAAGAUGGCUCCGUGGAGAUGUUUGAUAUAAAGAAUCAGCGUACCUUCCUACGGAGGACCAAGUUUGAUGAGCUCCAUUCAGAGGAUCUGUUUGUUGGCAACCGAGUAAACAUCUUUUCACGUCAGCUGAACCUCAUAGGUUACGGGGAUCAGUACACAGCCAACAAACUGGGCAGUAAGAAGGAGAGGACUUUGGCUAUGAUUAAGCCAGACGCUGUCACUAAAAUUGGUGACAUUAUUCAGAUGAUUUAUGAUGCCAACCUUAUCGUCACCAAAGCCAAAAUGACCAAGCUUACAUGGAAGCAGGCAGCGGACUUUUACAUGGAACAUCAGUCAAAGUCUUUUUUCAAUAAUCUGAUGCAGUUUGUAAGCUCUGGUCCCGUGAUUGCUAUGGAGCUGAUGGGGGAUGAGGCAGUGUCGACCUGGAGGAAAGUUCUGGGCCCAACUGAUUCUGGUGUGGCACAGAAAGAAGCAGCGCAUAGUCUCAGAGCCCAGUUUGGUACCGAUGGCACUAAGAAUGCAGGACAUGGGUCAGACUCAUUGGCAUCUGCUGCACGGGAGCUGGAGUUCUUCUUCCCCUCCACCACUGGUCACGGUCCCUCCAACACAGCCAAAUACUCAGACUGCACCUGCUGUAUCAUCAAACCUCAUGCCAUCUCAGAGGCUUUGACGGGAAAGAUUCUCAAGGCAAUCAUAGAAAAUGGAUUUGAGAUAUCUGCCCUACAAAUGUUCAACAUGGAUCGAGCGAAUGCUGAGGAGUUUUUAGAGGUUUAUAAAGGGGUUGUAGCCGAGUACACUAAUAUGGUGGAUGAACUUUGUUCUGGACCUUGCAUGGCCCUGGAGAUCCAUGCUACUGAUGCGCCCAAAGUCUUUCGGGAUUUCUGUGGACCAGCAGACCCUGAAAUUGCACGCCACCUUCGGCCCACCACUUUACGAGCGCUCUACGGGAAAAACAAAGUGCAGAAUGGCGUUCACUGCACAGACCUACCAGAGGACGGGAUUCUUGAGGUCCAGUAUUUCUUUAAGAUUUUAGAUGGGUGAAGCAACUGUGAGAGAUGUCCGUCCGGCUGUUAUUUAAAUAAAGACCACUUUAACAAUG